UGCACCGCCCCCUAGUGGAGAGCUGCCAUGGUCAGUCGGCUUCCUUCUGCUGAGAAAUAGAAACUGAAAGAAUGAGAGUGAGCUCGGCGUCGAUAGAAGGUUGUCCGGAGUUAGGCCAUUUAAAAAGAUUGGAAGUCGGUGUGUUUAUACGAAAGCAGGCCCUACACUACAUUUCUAUCUGCUUAGUUUUAUGAAGUCUUUCUUGGUGGCACCGUCUUUGUUUGACCUACCUAAACACACGUGAAACCCACUUUGACAACACCUGAACCCAUUUUGUGAAUGAUUCCAGGUUACUUUCACCAUGUCUUCAGAUGAGGAAAUCUCUCUGGUGAACCCAGACAUGUCCGAGGACACCUUGGAGGGAACCAAGGCUCAAAUCGACAAGUACAAGAAAAAAUAUGAUCAGCUGAUCCAGGAGCAGAAGGAGCUGAUUGCUGCUAGGGACGACGUGCAUGAUAUGACUCUGAAGUUCAAGCAGCGCGCUGAAAAACUGGCCCAGACUCUGGAAGACGACAAGCUCUCCCACAAUCAGCAGAUUGUAAAUGAGAAGGCGAGGCAGCAGAUUCUGAAGGAGGAGGAGACUGAACUAAUCAAGGAGCUCCAGAAAGUCGAGGCAGCUCUGAAGAAGGAAGAGGCCAACAACUCCCAUCUGAAACAGCAGACAGAUGUGUUCACUGCUGUGCCAGAGAGGAGUGUCGUCUUCCGUGGGUCGACAGGAAACCCAAGUGACACCCAGACAUUUGAAAUGGAGUCGCAUAUAGUCUACCCAAUGAACGGUGGAACGGCACUGAUUACGUUUGAGGAGCAAGUGGUGGCUAAGAACAUCCUGGACAUGAAGAAGCAUCGGGUGGAUCUGGGAGGAGAGUGCUGCAUCACGGUGGAGGCCAGGCCAGUUCAGCUGCUGCUACCCCAGCUGGUGGAGAUUGAAUCUGAGGUUUGCCCUCAGCGCAUUUUAAUCUCUAAUCUGCCCAAGAUGGACACCGAGGCAUUGUUGAACAAACUAGAGAUCCACUUCUCCAAGAGAAAACACGGAGGUGGAGAGGUGGAAGACUGUGAGAUGUUGCCUGACUCUGGGACCGUGGUGCUCACGUUUGUGGAGAAUAACAUUGCCAAAAAACUGACCUCUACAGAAUACCAUGAGGUGAAGUUACAAACGAUGCACAGAGUGAGGGUGACUCCUUUUCUGAAUGGAAAGAUUACAAACUUGAAGACCAACAUGUUGGCGUGUCCUCGGACGGUGCUGCUGACAGGAAUCCCUGACGUCAUGGAGCAAGAGACCCUGCAGGAUACGCUGGAAAUCCACUUCCAGAAAAGCAGCAAUGGCGGAGGAGAAAUCGAAGCUUUCCUCUACAACCCGUUGGGUCAGCACACUUUGGCACUGUUUGAAGGAAUCUCCCCAAAGAGCGAGGAGAAGUAGGCUAUAGAUUUACCAUUGCUGCUAAAAAAUGGAGUCCUCAAGUUCAGGGUAAUUUGUCAGAUUAAACACUGGAUCCACCCUGCUAACACAGUUUACUCCUGGGUGUUUGUACCUUUUACAUGGAAGUCAGUAUAGUUGUGAACUUCUUAUCUAGGGGUGUUUCUUGGGAUCAAUAAGGAUCUGAUGCCUGUCACUACCAGUGAUAUAAAUUAUUAUCAAAGUAUUAUCAAACUUAUAUUCAUAGACAAAGUGUUUCCUGGGUCCCGUCUGUCUGGUUAUUCAAAAUAUAAAUUAGUGGGAAUAACAUUCACAGUAUAAUUACAAUGAUGGAACAGCCUCAUUAAUCCACAAGUAAUCUGUACCUCUGCUGUGUAAAUUGUUGACAACACUGUUUACGUUCCUUCCAGUGCAAUUAAACUGUUACGUAAA